AUAAAAGGGGUUGGACUCAAUCCUUCCUUCACCACCCCCUUCCAUCCCUCGUUCGCUUUCCACCGAGGGCAAGAAGGGAGGCUUCACUCCACUUCGCCUGCGACGGGCGUCGAACGGGCGACGGCCAUCGGCGGUGUACAGCAGCUAAUCGAGAUCCCACAGGCCUCAAUAAAAGUAAGCUAUUGUCAAAAUCCAAGUUUAGGAGAAUACAUUUACUCUGCCAAAAGAUGGAUUUGCAUGGGCAUGUACCAUCAGCAUUUGAAAGACAGCGUGUCCAGGCUCCUGGGUUGUUGCGCAAUGGCCCUUUUCAUGGGCCUGCUCCUGCUGUUCACCACCCUUUAGAGCCACUACCCCGACCGGAGCUCCUGGAAAAUAAGAUUGCAGCUCAAGCAGCUGAAAUGGAAAGGCUUGUAAGGGAAAACCAAAGACUGGCAGCAAGCAAUGUGACCUUGAGAGAGCAGCUGCUUGCCACUCAGCAAGGAUUGCAGAGAGUGCAGGUUCAUAUUGGUAGUUUCCAAACUGAAAGUGAUAUCCAGGUCAAAGGAUUGUUGGAAAAGAUUGGGAAACUGGAAGCUGAUAUCCGUGCUGGUGAGAUGGUAAAGAACGAAUUGCAACAAGCACACUUGGAGUUACAGAGCCUAAUUGUUGCAAGACAAGAACUAAUCAUCAAAAUCCAGCAUACCACAGAAGAACUCCAGAAAGCCUCCCCAGACAUCAAAAAGUUGCCUGAGAUGCAUGCUGAGCUGGAUGGGCUAAGACAGGAACAUCAGAAAUUACGUGGUGCUUUUGAGUAUGAAAAAGGUGCAAAUAUGGAGCAAGUUGAGAAGAUGCUUGCAAUGGACAAGAACCUGAUAUCAAUGGCUCGAGAAGUUGAGAAGCUACAAGCUGAGGUGCUAAAUGCUGAGAAAAGAGCACAUGCACCGGACUCGUAUGGAGGAAGAUAUGGUAGCCCACAUCCUGUCAAUCCAUCUGCAGGGCAGGGUAGUGUCUACCCAGAAUGUGGUUAUAGGCAAGGUGGCGGCUAUGCAGACACUGUUUACAGCCAUGGUGGUGGCUAUCCAAAUGCUGGCAUUGGCCAUGGCGGUCCUGCCAACUAUUCUGGAGCAUAUGGAAGAACUCAGGCUCCAAUCACUGGUGGGGCAGCAGGAGAGCUAUAUGAUGCGUAUGGUGGUGUGAGUGGUGAUGGGAAUUCAGAUGGUUACAGGAGCAUGCAGAUCCCAAUGACUGGUGGGAUGGUAGCCAGAGUGGGAACGAAUUCCUCUGAUCGUGUUACCGCAAUUGGUUAUGAUGCUGCUAGAGGAGGCAUGACAUCUACUCAAAGGUAAAGCUUGAGCAUCAGCCUGUAGAGAAUACCUGGUAUAUUUGUCCUAGCCAGUGCUACUCCAAACAUUUACUUACUGGGUUUGGGCAAUCAGUUAUACUUUAUGCUGUAAUUCACCAAUUUGGUGGAUUAGUUCCCAUUUAAUGAUGAAUUGGCGAUCUUCAUCAGGUGGUAUAAUAAAAAAGGAAAUGCCCUUUUAAUGUAAUUUAUUUACAUAUUUUAUUUUAUUAUUUUAAUGAGGUUGUAAACUAGCAUGAUGAUUUAGUUCAUGUCGGAUUGGCUGAAUUGAAAAGUUUCAUCAGCUGAAACGAGUAUAUUAAGCAUAUCCUCUGUUCAGUAAUCCAUGUCAAGCUGAAGUGCUUGUAGUA